GUUUCCCGCCGAAGCACGAAGAUAGCUAGUUAGCUAGCUAGCUGUUUUAACCACUGCAGGCUAGCUGACCUGCCGAGCACGUAAACACCGACAGAAAAAGUUAGUUAGUAGCUGGUGAACAUUUAGCCGCUAAAGAACAAGAUAUAUUUCUCACGGGGUGAUGGCGACCAACAAUGAGCUCACGGGACAGUGAAUAUCGGAUUUAAAUGAAUCAAAUGGUCUGAAACAGGACUCCUAAUGAAUGCUAACUGUACUCCGUUUCCUGGAGGUGUAAAGGCUUUUAUUGUGAAGGGACGGUGGCCCAGCCCCCGGUGCUCGGUGGUUGCGUCGUGCAGCGGUGUUGACGCAGCUGAGGCCGGUGAGGGUGAAGCGCUGACAGGACACUGGUGGAGAGCAGCAGUCGGCGCACAUAGCUCAGUGAAGUGUGUCUGCAGCAGCCAACAUAACACUGGAUUACCAUCACACAGAGAGCUCUCCAGAAGGGGGCAGCGUGAGACCGAGCGCAACUCCCAGUCCUCGAGCAGUCUGCGCUGUCAGGAUCACGCCUCUUAAAACUAUGAAAGGCUCUCCUGACCUGAUUCCUGCCACAGAUCUGGACCCCAGCAGAGUGUGCAAAGGGAAAGGUGUCGUGACUCUAAGGGCCACCCUUAUCCACAUAGACGAGGAGGGCUGCAUCAGCCGAGAGCCAAAUGUCAUCACAACACCAAGUGACUGGACAAGCCAGAUUAAUGGAGACGGCUCUAAGGCAGGAUUGGCUGAGGGAGGCAGCAACAUCACAGCUGAUUUACCGCCUGUAAACAACACUCAGUGCCAGGCCAAUUCACCAGAGAGCAUAAAAGAAAACCAUGCUCCAUCGUCCACUGGCAUUCAGAACUAUAUCACGCCAACCUCCGGCUCCGUUUACCCCUGCACCAGCACAGUUAACCCCACAAUAGUCCUGCUGCAACACAACAGAGAGCAGCAAAAGCAUCUUUCUCAUUUUGAAGACCCAACCCCAGAAAGGGACAAAGGCCCUGACCCUGGGAGAGACUCGCUCAGUCCAGUCCCUGAUAUGGACUGGAAGAGGCUGCGGCUAUCACUGCACUCCCCUGACUUCAGUCCUCUCAACAAGCCCAUUGUGCCUGUACGGAACCCUGAAAAGUCCAAAGACUGGUACAAGACAAUGUUCAAACAGAUACACAGAAUACCUGAGCCUAUUGAGGAAAACCCUUACCGCCCCACCUACAUUUUCCCCGAGAACUAUGACAAUCAGAUGAAAUCAAAAGAUGAUUGUCCCACUCCCUUUGGUUACCUGGAAGAUGUGAGAGCAGUCCCGCGCUCAAAAAGUGAUGCCGAGGUGGAUUCAAGAGGCCGGUCGAUGCCCGUGCCAACGCGCUCCUCUUCCCUCAAACCCUCUGCCAAAAGGAACGAGUGGGAGCCCCCGGAUAAAAAGGUAGACACCAGGAAGUACCGCGCCGAGCCCAAGAGCAUCUUUGAGUACGAGCCAGGGAAAUCAUCGGUGCUGAAGCUGGAGAGAACGACUCAGGAUGUAAACCCAGAAGAUGUAGGUUUAGAGAAUGAGCCUUGGUAUAAAUUCUUUUCAGACAUGGAGUUUGACAAAGGGAGUGCCCCCUCUUUCAGCCCCCUGGAAACAGCCUCCGACCUGCAGCAGUACUCCUCGAGCAAGUCUGGACACAGCGAGGUGGAGAAAGACGGAGGAUCACCCUCGAGCGAGCCUGGAGCUCCAGAAUGCGACCGCCAUGUUUACAAGAGUGUCCUGGAGGGCGGCGACAUACCCCUACAAGGUCUACGGGCCCUAAACAAGCGCCAAGCCAGCUCCUCCUCCUCUAAAGUGGAUUAUAAAGGUGGGAAUGGCUAUAUAAUUUCACCCUGCUCCUCUGUAAAUAGUCGAUCGGUUCUUGCCAGUAACGCAAUAGGUAACCAGUGUAAGAGUAUGAAGCCUCUUUCUGCUGCCAAAGCCUGCAUACCCCAAAUCCUGCCCUCUAAAUUCAAGCCCAAGCUGCUGCCGCCCAGUGGUGACGGUCAGGAAAGCAGGACUAAAGCUGUCCGACACCCAAAGGCCCACAGCUGUGAGGAGCUGUACACCGGGCUGUGUGACACAGACUUUGCUGGAGCAGGGGAAAGGGAGAGCGGGGAACUUUCAGACUCUAAGUUCGGCUGUGGCACAGAGUGCGCGGACAGCCUCAGGAAUAUUUCCCCUGCUAUUAGGAGGAGCACAUCGGCGUUUUCCAGCCUGUACAAGAGCAUGCAUCACAUCCAGCGGCCCAGCUCUGCCGGCUGCAGCCCCAACGGCAGCGUACGCAACCUGGCCUCUCUUUUUGAGAAGUCAAAGGGCGAGGGGGCUGAAAGGUCAGAGGCGGACGACGCGGGUAACAUUCCACGGGAGGCAGUGUCGUCACGGGUCAGCGAGUUUGAAAUGAUCAUCCAGCGGUCCAGCCCGGCGCCCAGCCGCUCCUCCUCCAUGCCCACCCUGCACUCCAGCCACAGCCCCGACCACGGCGCCGCCCACCUCUACAUGGCGUCUGCAGUGUCAGCGGAGUCCCUUUUGGUAUCUGACGACACCCAGAUGGAUGCCUGCUCCCCAGUGGAGCCAGAGGACAAGAGGUGUGGGGAGGAGGCUGUGACACCAGGCAGUGUGACUGUGGAGGCUUCCUCCUCACAGGACAGGCAUGUCAGGACUGAGUCGCCCUCUAACACUGAGGCCGAGGUCGAGCAGAUCUUCAGUAAAAGUUUUCCAGAACUGUUCCACCAACAUGUCAGUGGAUCAAAGAGUCCAUCGGCGCUUCUUCCACAAUCCUCUCCGCAACACAACCAUCUCCACCACCACCACCACCUGCAGCACCUGAACAAUCAACUUCUCCUCAAACCCAGCAAAUGCAAAGGCUCUUGCCCGGCUUCCUACACUCGCUUCACCACCAUCCUCAGACACGAGAGGCAGCAGGCCACCAGCCAACAGGAGAGGCCGCCCCCUCUGGAGAAGAAGACCACGCUGCCUGGGAACCUCCUACUCAUGGGCCCCGCUCCCUUCAGGUUACGGAAGAACCUGCAGUCCCACCAAACUCGGAGGACCCUGUUAGCCACCAAGGUGACAUCGGGCACCCAGAGGCCCAGCGCUUUGUCUCCCGAGCCAAGACCUCUGAUACCUCAGCGCCUGUCCUCCCUGGAGGUCCUGGAGAGGCUGGGUAGCGGGGAGGGGAGCAACACUGACAACCUGAGUAACGGGCAGGGCUUGGACGCCAACGGGAACCUCCUGCAGACGCUGGCAGCUCACCGCAGAGACUCGUCCCCAGUCCUCGGGGAGAGCCAAGAUGAAGUGUUGCGAAGGCGCCAUGGGGACAAAGAGAAAAUCUUGGAGGAGCAGCGGCGGCUGAAGCGGGAACAGGAAGAGGCUGACACGGCGUCGAGACGACACACAGGCAUUGUUCCGACGCACCACCAGUUCAUCACCAACGAGCGCUUCGGAGACCUGCUCAACAUCACAGAUAACACAGAGAAGAGGAAAUCAGGCGUAGAGAGAACUCCAGCCAUGGCUCGCUUCGACUUCAGAGCAGAAACUCUAAAGGAAUUGCCGUUUCAGAAGGGGGACAUCGUCUACAUUAUUCGACAGGUGGAUCAAAAUUGGUAUGAAGGGGAACAUCACGGAAGAGUUGGCAUUUUCCCUCAAAGUUACGUCGAGCUCCUUCCCCCCACAGAGAAAGCCCAGCCAAAGAAAAGUGCCCAAGUGCAGGUUCUGGAAUAUGGAGAGGCUCUCGCCCGCUUCAACUUCAACGGGGACACAGUGGUGGAGAUGUCCUUCAGAAAGGGAGAGAGGAUCACGCUGAUUCGUAGAGUUGAUGAAAACUGGUAUGAAGGGAAAAUCUCAGGCACCAACCGCCAAGGCAUCUUCCCAGUCACCUAUGUAGAAGUCAACAAACGACCCCGCGUCAAGAACGGGGUGGAGUAUCUCGACCCUCCUGUCAGCCAGUCGCCACAGCGCAGCACUAAUGCCUCUCCUCAGCUGUAUCGUAAUCGUCUGACCACCUCCCCCCUGCCCCUCCCUCGCUCCCCCCGCCGCUCCGUGUCCCCCGAGGUCCACGCUAUCUCCUCUGAGUGGAUCUCCCUGACUGUGGGAGGAGGGAGCCCUCCUGCCGCCCCCACCCCUCCCCUCCCACCGCUGCCCACCGUGUCCUACCGCUGCGGCGAGUACCUGCCCCCACCCUACUCUGCCAGCCCCGUGCCUCUCAUCAGCGGCAGCCCAUACUGUGUCUCACCCAUGGCUUCCCCAUCUGCAUCCCCUCUUCCCCCGCCGUACCCGCCCAGACCCAACUCAACCACUCCCUUCCUCACGUUCACCCCGCCUCAGGGGGAGGACUUCUUGCUCUCCCGUCCCAGCAUGAGCCCCUGUGGGGGGCCGGUGCUGGAGGGCUGGUUGAGGGGGGAGAAGGAGUUGACAGAGGGGGAAGGCGCAGAGGGGGACGCGGGCCACGCAGCCCGGGGCAGAAGGCGAAAUAGUCCUGCAGAGUUUGUGAGGAACGAGGCUGAACAUCAUGGGCGGAGCUCCAGAAGCCCAGUGAUGCUGUUUGAUAUUCAAGAUAACAACAACGUUAACUCGUUUGCGGAGACAGUGUGUAAUGAGAUCUUGAAUAUAGCUGAGACCUCGGUGAGGUACUGCAGCAACCUGUCCCACCUCCCUCGUGACUCUGUCCAUAGACUGCACCCCCACCCCAGUAAACAAUCUCUCAUCAUUUCCCAGCAACCCCAGUCCCACAGCAGCAGUCCGGAGCCGAACCGUCUCAGCUGUGGAAUUUUCCAGGCUCUGUACAGUUACGUGCCGCAGAACGAAGACGAGUUGGAGCUGCAGGAGGGAGAUCUCGUCAGCGUCAUGGAGAAGUGCGAUGACGGCUGGUUUGUCGGUACCUCAAAGAGGACAAAACAGUUUGGGACUUUCCCUGGGAAUUACGUGAAGGAGGUGAAACUGUAAAGAUAUCUAAUCUGGCUGUAACACUUGGUUGCCUGUCAAGCUUGGGAAGUCAUUACUAUCGCGCAUGGCUGUUGGUUAGCAUAGUCAUUUAGCCAGGCGAAUCCAUUUUGUCUGGGAAAGUGAUCAGUUCGGCCGGAGGUAUGUCAGACUGCACGGGGAGGCGGAGACAGAGACAGCUCACUGCCCUAACCUCAGUAUGGUGUACAACCUUGAGCACUUUUUACACACUUCUUGACAGAAUUCGUCCGUCUCCACAUGUGGAAUUUCUCCGUGAAAGUCUACCACAAAGUAGCUUUUAUUGUACAGAUAAUAGCUUCCAUGUUGUCCAUGUAAUUUACAGUGCACAAGUGUUCACGUAGCACGUCAGUCUGGAGGCCGGCAGCAGAGCAGUGUAUGGAUUAAAGAGUGGAUCUUAUAACCUGAACGGGACUUGGGAGGAUUCAGAAUGUAUUUUCAUGGGAUGUGUGUUUUGGAGCUGAUGCUCGUGUGCUACCUUUCAGGACCAGAGGUGUUUAUCAUGAUUAGCUAAGUAUGAUGCAAACCAUGCUUCCAAAAGAAAACCUUCAGUGUUUGGAUCAGCAUGCCAGACAUGUAUGAAAUUUUAAUGUGGUGGAGAAAAUGACUUGAAUCGAGUGCCCUCCAGAGUCUAAAUACUUAUGUAUAAAGCCCCUUUAGAAACUGCUAUGACAUACGUUUUACUUUCUGUUACAUUAUAUGAAUCAUCAUAAAGUCAGUUUUUGAAGAACACCACAACAUUCACAACUCAGCUGUAACCUAAAGCGUCAGAUACCAGUUCAGUAUUGCCUUUAUGUUCUGUUCAUCGUUAUACAACAGUUAUUAAGUGGGCUUUUAGUUUCUCUUUUUCCCAGUCACCACGGCAAACACAAGUACAGGACACGUGCACUGUGUUGCAUGUCUGAUUUAAAAAGUGAAGAGAAACUGUGCAUAUGCACAUCCUAUAUUUUCAGAAUCUAUUUAUUUGUCCUUUUAUACCUCUUCUGUCAAAAUAGAAGUGUUUGCUGAUGGAUGAAGCCUGUAAGGUAGCUGGUGGGAGACGCCUGGCUCUGGCACAAUCCACAGGACAGGCGUGGUAGCACUUAACUUCCUGUUUGGUCAUUUAGGGAGAUUCCACCUAACAAGAUAAUAGUAGAUUAAUCACAACAACAACAAAAAAGCUAUUUCAUGUUUUAAGUGAAACCAACAAGGUGUCUUAGAAAAUAAUCAUACUGACUUUUAAGAGCAUAUUGAGAUUUGAAUGAUGCCCUUACAGAUUGUAUGUUUUAGCCAUGUAAAUGUGUACAGAAAACUUUAAGAGGCCUUCCAAAUAUGGCUACAUAUUUUCAUAUGUAAUGACUUGGGUAAUACAGUUAGUGGAAUGAUUUCAAUAAUAAGGUCAGCAUUAGUACAGCAUGCGCUGUAAAAUCAAACUGGAGCAUGAAACACGAUCAGCCAUCGCCUGAAUAUUUGCCUCCUUCGGCUGAAAGCAAACAUACGUGACGACAGGGUUAACCGUCUGCUCUUUGAGCUUCAAUAGCUCCCUGGUGGAAGAUUGCUUUGAAUUCUGCUAUCAAAGCAUCAGAGCCGUCUUCCCAUGAGUACAGAGCUCCCCCAUCUCCAGCGCCAUCAGAUCUGCCACAUGUCAGAAUAGAUCCUCUACACGCACAGAUUGAAAGAUGAUAGCUACUUUUUUUUUUCGUUGCUCGUGUUUUCAUCAAAUUCCUUGUUGUCAUCAACCGCUGCACUGUGCUCAUCAAUCCUCAGCAGAGCUGUCAAAUUGUACUUGCAAAUCAUUUUGAGUGCUUGUUACGACCUGCUCUGCACUUUGUAGAGUAAUUGCUGAGGAAGCAUUUUAAAGGGAAAGUUCACCCCAAAAUUAAAACACAUAUUUUCCCUAGAUUGUUUUGGUGUGAGUUGCAGAGUGUUGGAGAUGUCUGCCUUCUCCCCAGUAUAAUGAAACUCGAUGGCACUCUGCUUGUGAUGCUCAAAGCGACAACAGCAAUGUCUCUUUUCAGAAAUCAUGACCCGGCUAGUCAAGAUAAUCCACAGAACUUGCUGUGAGCGGUUACAUGUAGGAACUAUUUUCUUUCUACUGUCUCACCGCGCAGAAGGAACGUUACAGCUCAGCCCAGGAGGACGCCAUCAAUGUUAACAUCUCGCCCCGUCGUGAGCCUCUCGUCCAUGAAUGGAGGCUCACCUUUUCUGCGCAGUGAUACGGUAGAAGGAAAAUAGAGAGAGGAAGACCAUGUAUUUUUUGUUUUGCAGUGAACUGUCCCUUUAGCUUUGGACUGAGGUAGUGCGCUCUCUGAAGUCGGAUCCUUUCCCAAUCCACACAUUUCUAAUCAAAUGGUGCCAGACUAUCCGUGGGCCUACCUUUGAGUAUAAUGUGAAGUAUUGAAAGAUGCUCUCACUUGGAUCUAAAAGUGUAUGUUUACUAUAUCUGUCUUUGUUUUGAAGGUGUUAAGCUAGUUGUGCAGUGAUGAUAAACAUUGACCUAAUUGGAACAUGGUUUGAAGCUGUAUGUGGCUACCACAUAAGUGAUACAUGAAGUUUAAUAUUUGACAAAGUGCAUUAAUUUAACAAAAUUUAGUAGCAGUCAGUGUUUCAUCCUCCCUGACGUUUGCUGUUGAGACAAAAUCAGGUGUUUCUUCUUUGCGCGGAUCACCAUUUUGCCAACAUCAGCAAAGGAAUGUUUUCUCAAGAUAAUACACUGCAUUAUGGGUUUGCCUGCAUAGCACUGAUAUAAUAUUCAGGUAUUUUGUUACACCACAAAAGCAUGUUUUUCCCUCCACUGCUGGCUAAACGUUUUUGUUCCUGUGUAACUCCAGCUCCGCAUGAAUGUGCUGAUUGGUUGUGAGUUUGUUGACCUGUAGGCACACUACAUGAUGGACAAAUAAACAACUGCUCAUUUAGUCAUAACACAGCUCACUCUAGAUUGUUUCUGUAAUAUUGUGCUCCAGAAAACAUCACAGGAUGUAUGAAUGUAUGAAUAUAUGAAUGUGGUGCAAUGCACACAUAAUAUGUAAAGAUGCAGACUAUUGAGCAGCAUGGCACAAGAAGGAUUGUAAAUAUGUAAAAUAAAAAAUAGUGGUUUAUUUACCUGAAGGAUUUUUGGCUAAGCACAUAGUGGAGCGUUACCGAGCACAGGAAGUUUGACGCAUAUGAACAUUACGCUGCCAUUUGUGAAGAUCAUAAUGCCUUAUGUUAGAUGCAAAAAUUGUGCCUCAUUUUCAUUUAAUUGUUUUUGGAGUAUCACUGAAAUGUAUCCAUGACAUGUUUAAUGUAACCAUGGUUUCCCCAUUAGUCCUAGUCUCUGUGAUGGGAGAACAUCUACUAAGAACUUGUCAGUUACUGUGCGAGUACCUAAAAGUGUGACAGGAUGCUUUAAACUUAAUGAUUAAUAAUCAUAAGAAUGGACUAGUUUGAUGAGACGCACAACCUGCAACAGGUUUGGUUUGUUUGCUUCAAUUUGCAGUGCUGUUACAUUGACAAUAUUAAAAUAAAGAUACUAUACACUGCUGUGACUUCGGUAUUAUGCAAUAUUUAAUAAACCGUUUAAACCAU